CAUAGAGAAAAACACACAGAAAACAGCACCAAAUUAAAAAAAUGUCAUCUGCAACUUCACUUGGCUCUCCAUUUCUAUCUCCACCUUCUUCUUCAACUUCUUCGUUGAAACAUUCUUCUUCAUCAUCAUCUUCUCAUUCUCAUUUGGUCUCCUUCAAAUGCUCAAGAAACCAACGUCAUCCACACCUUAUCAAAGCUGAGCUAGACCAAAACACGGUGAUUGCUGUGGCUGUUGGAGUGGUUAGUGUAGCUGCUGGACUUGGGAUUCCGAUUUUCUACGAGUCACAGAUUGAUAAUGCCUCAAAACGAGAUAACACACAACCAUGCUUUCCAUGCAAUGGAACCGGGGCACAAUCGUGCAGAUUUUGCACAGGAAGUGGUACUGUAACAGUUGAACUUGGCGGUGGUGAAAAAGAAGUGUCUAAAUGCAUAAACUGUGAUGGUGCUGGUGGAUUAACGUGCACCACAUGUCAAGGCAGCGGGAUUCAACCUCGAUACCUUGACCGCAGAGAAUUCAAGGACGACGACUAGAGAUAGUCUUUUUGGGGGCAGCAUCUUUGGUGGAUUUCGGAUCAUGAUCAGAGGGUACUUAACUUCAUUUACUGUAAAGAUGAAUGAACAUCAUUGUUUUUUCCAUUUUCUCCUUGCAGAAAAAUAAUAUUCUCUUGCUUAUAAGAAACAUUACUAUAUCGGAAUAUAUCUACAUUUUUUUUGUAAA